ACCCUAAACCCACUGUGAACUAAAUCAGUGCUUUUUUGGCCUGUUAUUGUUGACACUGUCAUUUUGAAUUUACUGGAUUUAAGAGCACCUUGGGUGUUCCGUCGUGACAGCUGCUUCUGCUGAAAGCUCAGCCUGGUUGUCUUUGUCAUACGGUGACUUCAUGAACGAACCCCUCCCUGUCUUGCCAUUCAGUCCGAUGCGGUGUUUCAUAGUGUGAGGUAUGGACUAAAAGAUGCGAAAGCGCCGUGCUACUUCUUCAUGAGGAGGUGGAGGACACCUGAAGCGCAAGGCUGCCAUCGCAGCUUUCUGAACAUCCAUGUGAAGAAGAGCGUUUUGCCUCAGCUGUUAGAGCCUGUCAGCAGAUCCCAACACAACAUGAUGAGACCAGUUUAUCCACCAGUAUCUGUAGCGAGUAGAGUGUGAGGUCCAGCAGCCACUAUGCCAUGUGUGUAAAGGACCAGUGGUGGUGUUGCGGCCCCAGGCGGGAUGCUGCUGGAAGCCGGUCAGUAUGACUCUGCUGGACUUGUGGCUGUCACGCUCCAUCCCCAUGUGCCUGCUUCUCCAGAGCCUUGUCCUCAUGGCCCUGUGCUUCCCCUCGGCCAGCAUGUGUCCAAAGGGCUGCAGCUGUCUACGCGACCCCCACCUCCACGGUCUCAACGUCACCUGCAGUCAGUCCCGCCUCAAAGAGAUUCCCCCCAACCUCCCAGUCGAUACUGUCCUCCUGAGGCUGGACCACAAUCAAAUAGGUGCUGUGCCCGACCAAGCCUUCCGUGGACUCCGGCUUUUGAGGGAGCUGAACCUCUCUUAUAAUGCAGUGGAAACUUUAGGGGAAGGUUCCUUUAGUGGCAUCGAGGGGACAUUACAGGUGCUGGACCUUUCCCACAACCGCAUCACUAGCGUUCACAGGGAUGCUUUUGCCCGACUGAAGGCCCGCAUCAUUGUAGAUGACAAUCCCUGGCACUGCGACUGCGCCCUCCAGCAGGCCAUUGGAGGAAUGGCUCACAACCACGAGGCCGCAGCUAGAGUCCUUUGCAGGAGCUCCGAACUUCUUGAUCAGGAGGGUCGACCUUUCCUGGCAGUUGACACUGACCUGUGUAACCUGGCAAAAAGGACCACAGACUAUGCCAUGCUUGUCACCAUGUUUGGUUGGUUUGCAAUGGUUAUAUCAUAUGUGGUGUAUUAUGUUCGUCAGAACCAGGAGGACGCCCGGCGCCACCUGGAGUACCUCAAGUCUCUCCCCAGUAAGCCCAAGAAACCUGAUGAUGCUGAUGACAUCAGCACUGUUGUCUGACAGCAGCAUCAUGAUGGCUCUUCAUCACAGACUCAAUGAAAUGUUUACACAUCAGGACCCACAUUUAUAGUGUUUACUACUUCAAACUUCAGUCUCUGUGAGCAUCAGAAGGGUUUGUACUUUGGAACUUUUCGCGUAUGUCUUUAUCAGGCUGA